CUUUGGGCCCAUAAACAACCACAGAACCACAAGUGGGGUAGGCUGGCAGUGCCGGGAGGCGACGCCGGCACAGUGGUCAGCAGGCAGGACGAAUCAGAAGGGCUGCAAACCACAGGGUUUCGCAGGGCGGUGAACAUCACCAGCCCACAGCCAAGAAAGACACCGCUUUUUUUUUAAUCUUUAACAAUUUGAAUAUUUGUUUUCGCAAAGGUAAGAAGAAAUCAGUGACUCCCCCGCCUUCAGAAGAGGGUGCGUUUUCAGGAGGAGGCCAUGGCUUCAGACAGCAUAUUUGAGUCAUUUCCUUCGUAUCCACAGUGCUUCAUGAGAGAAUGUGUCCAUGGGAUGAAUUCAUCUAGAGAGGUUCACGAUGCCAGCACGAGCCGCCGCUUCACGCCGCCUUCCACCGCGCUGAGCCCGGGCAAGAUGAGCGAGGCGCUGCCGCUGGGCGCCCCGGACGCCGGCGCCGCCUUGGCGGGCAAGCUGAGGAGCGGGGACCGCAGCAUGGUUGAGGUGCUGGCCGACCACCCGGGCGAGCUGGUGCGCACCGACAGCCCCAACUUCCUCUGCUCCGUGCUGCCCACGCACUGGCGCUGCAACAAGACUCUACCCAUCGCUUUCAAGGUGGUGGCUCUGGGGGACGUUCCAGAUGGCACUCUGGUCACUGUGAUGGCUGGCAAUGAUGAAAACUACUCAGCAGAACUGAGAAAUGCCACCGCGGCCAUGAAAAACCAAGUCGCGCGAUUCAAUGACCUCAGGUUUGUCGGUCGGAGUGGAAGAGGGAAGAGCUUCACCCUGACCAUCACCGUCUUCACAAACCCACCGCAAGUGGCCACCUACCACAGAGCCAUCAAAAUCACCGUGGAUGGACCCCGAGAACCUCGAAGACACCGUCAGAAACUAGACGAUCAGACCAAGCCCGGGAGCUUGUCCUUUUCCGAGCGGCUCAGUGAACUGGAGCAGCUGCGGCGUUCGGCCAUGAGGGUCAGCCCUCACCACCCAGCCCCCACACCCAACCCUCGGGCCUCCUUGAACCACUCCACUGCCUUUAACCCUCAGCCUCAGAGUCAGAUGCAGGACACCAGGCAGAUCCAGCCCUCCCCGCCGUGGUCCUACGAUCAGUCCUACCAGUAUCUGGGCUCCAUCACCUCCCCUUCCGUGCACCCAGCGACGCCCAUCUCGCCUGGACGGGCCAGCGGGAUGACGACCCUCUCUGCCGAGAUCUCCAGCCGACUCUCAACGGCUCCCGACCUGACGGCCUUCGGCGACCCGCGCCAGUUCCCGGCGCUGCCAGACCCCCGGAUGCACUACCCCGGCGCCUUCACCUACUCCCCGACGCCCGUAACCUCGGGCAUCGGCAUCGGUAUGUCGGCCAUGAGCUCGGCCACGCGCUACCACACGUACCUGCCGCCGCCCUACCCCGGAUCCUCGCAGGCGCAGGGCAGCCCGUUCCAGGCCAGCUCGCCCUCCUACCACCUCUACUACGGCGCCUCGGCCGGCUCCUACCAGUUCUCCAUGGUGGGCGGCGAGCGCUCGCCGCCGCGCAUCCUGCCGCCCUGCACCAACGCCUCCACGGGCUCGGCACUGCUCAACCCCAGCCUGCCCACCCAGAGCGACGUGGUGGAAGCCGAGGGCAGCCACAGCAACUCGCCCACCAACAUGGCGCCCGCCGCGCGCCUGGAGGAGGCCGUGUGGCGGCCCUACUGAGCGCCCGCCGGACACCGGGCCUCGGGGUGGGACCAGGCGCUGGACCUGCCACCCCACCGGCCUCCCGUCCGCGCCUCCCAGUCUGGCCCUUCGUCCAUCCGUCCAGGCACGUGGCCCCACUGCGGGCAAACAGGAAGAUUCCAGAGGGAAACUGUGAAUGCUUCUGAUUUAGAAAUGCUGUGAAUAAAAGAAAGAUUUUAUACCCUGACUUCACUUUUUAACCAAGUUGUUUAUUCCAAAGAAUGGAAUUUUAGUUGGGGAUGGGGGGGUAGGGGCAGGGAGAGAUGCAACUCAUCCUGUUUGGUGUCAAAUUCGUAUUUUUAAUGUUACUUUCCAGCACCUUAUAAAUUGCAAAAUGCAUAUUUGCAUUUGGGGUGGUUUUUAUUUUUAUAAAUAUAUAUAUAUAUAAAUUUGAGCUUGCUUCUUUCUUGCUAUGAUAGUUGAAAAGUACGGUUCCUUUUCUUGUAUGUUUUAUUUAACUUUUCAUUGGGACUUUUGUGUAGCUGUUUUUCUUAAGAAACAGCUGCAGCUUUGGGUCAUUUUCAACUACUGUAUUCCCACAAGGAAUCCCUAGAUAUUUAUGUAUCUCGAUGUUUAGACACUUACUUAUGUGUUGAUACUUUUUUUAUUUAAAUGUACUUAUAUUAAGAAGAAAAAUAUUAAGUACUACAUUUCUUGUUUUUGAUAGUAGCCAAAGUUAAAUGUAUCACAUUGAAAAAGGAUGGGUAAUGUGAUCACUUGGUUAUCUAAAUAUUGUUUACAUUAAACUUCCUUUAAAGUUCAUCAAACGAGUUGGUAGCUAAUGCAGCAAUGUUUUUAACAGGCUUUUUAGCUACCGAGGGUCACUCCAAAGAUUUGAAGUUCGGAGUUUUCUGCCAAGCUCAACAAAGUGUCUCCUACCCGACUCCCUCCCUUCGACUCUGGUUCCUGAAGGUUCAGCUGAUGGUGGCAAUGGCCCCUCUGGAGAGGAUUUACUUCCCGCCAAGGGCGUUUGCUCUCUCGCUGGCCUCUUGAUAACUUCAGACAGGCUCUGGCAGAGAACAAAUCCAAAGUCAACCGGUGGAGAAGCAAUACCAACCUGGGAACCAAAUGUAUGAAGUUACGGGUUCCUUGAAUGCUGGGUUCUAGGGUAGGAAGGAGAGCUUCUGAGUUCAGAGUUCAGGUUUUUAGCUCCAGGAAAAUACUCUCAUGCGGCACCUGUUUGUUUACGCAGCGGGGAAGGGACUAGACUGGGUGCCUUUGACGUGGAAGGUCUCCCGCCGAGUUUUCCCAGGGUGGGUCCAGCAGCAGGCUGGGACAGGCCAGUUUCCCUCUGUGCCCGGAGUCACGUGGGACAGCACCUGUCCCACCUGAGCAGGACCCAUCCCCUGCUGCUCCUGAACCAGCAGCACCUCUGCAUUGCUUUCGCCAGGCUGAGAUCCCACCCUGCAGGGGAGGGUGCACGUUGGCCUGAUGGGACAAGUACCUGUCACCACUGCUGCCAUGGCUACAAUUCAAACAUACCCAGUGUCACUGUAAAUUUUAUGGCACUAUUUUUUUGGAGGAUUUGGUCAGAAUGCAGUUGUUGUACAACUCAUAAAUACUAACUGCUGAUUUUGGCGUGUGUGCUCAAAAUGAUCUGGUUGUUAUUUAAUGUACCUCUUAAAUUAGAUGAAAUGAUUUCAGGUCAACUCUGAAGAGUAUUUGAAAGCAGGACUUUAGAACAGUGUUUGAUUUUUAUUUUAUAAAUUUAAGGAUGCAAAUUAGAAAGAUCUUUGGCUGCAGGCAGCAAAACAGCUGAACUUAUUUAAAACAACUUGUUUUUGAAUUUUCUUAUAUAUCCAGGGGUGGGCGAGGCAGAUUUACAGUUGUGAGUACGUGGAACAGAGAGUUUAUUCUUGUAUUAUUAUUUAUUAACUAUUGUAUUGUUUCCCAUACAAACAACUGCAGACCCACUUGGCCCGCCCCUGUGCAUAUUCUUUGUUUUACGUAGAUGCAGUAGCACUUUGGUGAGAGGGAGGAGCAAAGCGGCUUGUGAUGUCAGGUCACAGUCUUCUAGGAAAGAGCUAACACGGAUCUUGGAGAAACUCAAUAUAUUCAUGUUCAUUUUAGACAGUUCUUCCUCCACGAUUCAAUUUCAUGUUUUAUUCUGUAUUACAUUUUUUGCAGCAAAAUUCUCUUUGUCAUUUAAAAACUUUCUGUAAAGAACCCUUAGUCCAUUUACCCCAAAUUCAAUGUAAAUGUUUUGUUCAGCACGUGUUGCCACAUGUGACCUGACAAAAAGCUGGGGGAGAAGGGGUUGGGAAUGAAGGAAAAACUUGGUUUUUAGCUCAGUUCUGGGACCUGGAGGUAUUCCGACUCAGAAUCAGCCCAGGGCCCUACAAGGGACUCAGUCGGGUCAUCCUUCCCGUUGAAUCCUCCCUCUCACAGCCAUGUGUGCAGGGGGCUCGUCACUCUGGUGUUGACCCACCAAACUCGGACGGCGUGGCGUGCCACGUUUCCCAGACCCUCACCGGCAUAUGUGCUCUUUAGUUGUUCCGGAAAAAGAGAAAUCAAAGUUGAGUUGUUUCGGAGAUCGGUCUCGCGCUUCAUGCAUUUUUCCCGAGGAACUGCAUUCACCGUGUUCCGAUACAUGGAGGCGGCCCUCUCAUCGGGGAGACCCUUCUGCCGAUGACAUAAAACCCAGAUGAUCUGGCAGCCCUGGUCCAGGAGAAUAAAAAUGAAAUAGGCCGUCUCUGUUGCUUAUUCAGGCCCUUAUUUAUAAUUAAAACGUGGACAUGGAGUUCAUUUCAGUUUUUUCUUUUUCUCGCUGUCCAACACCACUUCCAGUUCUCUCCCACUCCCCCGCCUCCCUUUGUGUUGGGAGACAGCUCACACACCCCUGCCCCUGCCCCCCACGGCAUGUCCACAGCCCCAGGAGCGCCACCCCCCCCCCCUCCUUUGCACUGAGGAACACCAUGAGUCAGCUUUUUCCUGCUGCUGGGUUUCUCCCUGGAGCGGAGGCCUUGCCAGCCACCUAGGAUCUGCUCACUGUCCUAGCUCAGUGACGGAAGCCUUCCCUCCACCAGGGACAGUGAGGGGGCGCACAGCCUUGCUGCUGCUCCUCUCCCGUGCAGAUAAACAAAGGCGCUGACGAGAAAGGAAAUGAACGGUUUUAUCCAAAGGUCCUGCAAUUUCGGGUUGCAGAUUUCUGUCCUGAAAUACCUGUUUGCCUGGGACAUUCGGUCCUGGUGAUUUUCAGGUUUGGUGGUUGGUUUUUUUUCCGGGGGAGGAUGUGUUUAGGGCCUUUUACACAUCAAAAGUCAGUUUAACAAUAAUCUCAGAAAACAUUUUUUAUAUUUAAACAAGUUGCCUUUUUGUUUACCUACAGUAUAUAACUGUUUGGGGGUUUUGUUUGUCUGUUUUUUGGAGUUUUUCCUCUCCCCUUAGCCAGGUCAGUAUUGAUGAGGCUGAUCAUUUGGCUUUUUUAUUUCCUUCCGGAAGAGUUGCAUCAACAGAGUUAAUUGUAUUUAUGUGUGUAAAUAGAUUUUAAGCUUCAUUAUAAAAAUAUUGUUAAUACCUGUAAUAACUUUUUUAAUUUUUUGUGUUUCUAAGAACUUUUUCUUAUGUUUGCUCAGUACUGUAGACAAAAAAAAAGCUUCUUUCUACUUUGUUUAUUUUAGACUUUCAAAUGAGCUACUUUUUAUUCACUUUUGUAAUAAUUCCAAUUUUUUUAAUUCACUCUUUGUUUUAGGAGACAUGAAUGUGCAAAAAAAAAAAACUGUUGGUUACUUGUGCUAUUCUGGAUGUAUAAAAGUCAGUGAAAAAAAUAAACGUUCACAUUGAAAUGACAGUAGAACACAUCUAUUGAAAAAGUACCUAAGGCCAACGCGGCCCUACUUGGCCGGGCCCCGCCUCCUGGCCACGGUGCGCCCGCGCCGAGGGGCUGGGUCAGUCCGCAGAGCACCCUGGAGACCUGGGCCCUGUCUUUCUCCCUCUCGCAGGCCUCGCACGCCUCCCGGAAGGGAGCUGCGUGUCUUGCGUUUUAGACCAGACAGAUGGGAUUGGAGAGGGCGCCCCAUGAGCCCCUCUCGGAGGUGUUUCUAGAUAGCGCGUGGGGGGGGGGGCAGGUGCUCUGUGGUCCGAGGGCCGCCUUCCCUCCUCCCUGGCGCUCACGGUGCUCAGGGUGCAGUGUGUCCAGCCCAUGGCUGUCGAGCACUCCUCGGAGCCUCACUUUCUCUGUACCCCAGUAUCUUCUGUAAAUCCAAUAUUAGGACUAUGAUGGCAAAUAAACAAUUUGCAAGUACGCA